AGCCGAUAGUAGAAAGAUUCUUCCCACUUGGAAAAAGGCUUUUCCUCCUAAGACAUCUGGCUGGUGGAGGCUCCGGUAGUCCCCACAGAGGACAGAGGGGUCCAUUUCUCUAUUGGUUUAGAGAGUGGGGGACUUCAAGCAGGCUCAUCUCAUUAUCUGCUCCCUUUAGUUUUUAACGGGAGCUUUAACUGAUUGAUUGAUGUGCUGCUGAUCCUUCAGGGUCAAACAUGAAGAUAAGGCUGUCGCUGGCUGCGGCUGCUUUCCUCGCAGCUCUGCUGUCCUCCAUAGAUGCUCAAGUGGAACCGCCCUCAGAUUUGAAAUUUAAAAUACUAAAUGAGAACACAGUGGAAAUGUCAUGGGUAAGACCCUCAGCAACGAUAGAGGGCUUCAGAAUACAGGUCGUAUCAGAUGCAGAUGAACCAGCAAGAUAUUUGAACCUCGGUGCAGAAAUAUCUACAACACUCCUCAACAACCUGACACCCGAUUUAGACUACACGGUGUCAAUAAAUUCCUUUUAUGGUUCAGAGGAGAGCAUCCCCAUCUAUGGACAACUGACAAUUCAGUCAAGUAACACAAGUGGAAAAGUGAGGAAGCCACAUUCAGAUGCAAUCAAAUGUUCUGUGAGCGCCAUCGCAGAUUUAGUUUUUCUGGUGGAUGGCUCGUGGAGUGUGGGCAGAGAAAACUUUAGGCAUAUCCGUAGUUUCAUUGGUGCCCUGGCGGGGGCCUUUGACAUCGGCGAGGACAAAACUCGUGUUGCUGUGGUUCAGUACAGCACAGACACUCGCACUGAGUUCCCCCUCACUCGUUACACCAGAAGAGGAGACCUUCUGCAAGCCAUAAACUCACUGCCUUACAAAGGAGGGAACACUAUGACCGGUGAUGCCAUAGAUUACCUGAUGAAAAACAUCUUCACUGAGGCAGCUGGGUCAAGAAAAGGAUUUCCCAAGGUAGCCAUGAUCAUCACUGAUGGAAAAUCCCAGGACCCAGUGGAGGAGCAUGCUGAAAAACUUAGGAACAUCGGAGUGGAAAUAUUUGUACUAGGUAUCAAAGGAGCAGAUGAAGAUGAGCUCAAAGAAAUUGCCUCUACACCUCACGGCAAGCAUGUAUACAAUGUGCCCAACUUUGACCUGAUCCAAGAUGUCCAGAAAAAGAUCAUCACUGAAGUUUGCUCUGGUGUAGAUGAGCAGCUUACCUCUUUGGUCAGUGGGGAAGAAAUGGUGGAGCCUGCCUCUAACUUGCAAGUAACAGAAAUUGCAUCCAAGUCAAUGAGGGUGACAUGGGAUCCCUCCCCGGGUGAAAUCACAGGCUACAAGCUGACCCUUAUUCCCAUGGUGCCUGGAAUGAAGCGACAAGAACUGUACAUUGGACCCACACAGACAUCUAUAAAUGCACGAGACCUCUCUCCUGAGACCGAGUAUGAGAUCAGUUUGUUUGCCUUGAAAGGUCUGACUCCAAGUGAACCCAUUCUGGAUCUAGCAAAGACUCAGCCGGUCAAGGUGUCCACUGAGUGCUCCCUGGGAGUGGAUGUGCAGGCUGAUGUGGUGCUACUGGUUGAUGGCUCAUACAGUAUUGGAUUACAGAACUUUGCUAAAGUCCGUGCCUUCCUCGAGGUGCUGGUCACUUCCUUUGACAUUGGACCCAAUAAAAUUCAGAUUAGCUUGGUCCAGUACAGUCGAGAUCCACACACAGAGUUUGCCCUAAACACCCAUCAUGACAUUAAUGCUGCUGUCAAAGCUGUGCGUAGCUUCCCGUACCGUGGUGGUUCCACAAAUACUGGCAAAGCAAUGACAUAUGUCAGAGAAAGGAUCUUCGUCCCAGGUCGUGGAGCGCGGGAUAAUGUUCCUCGUGUCAUGGUCCUCAUCACCGAUGGAAAGUCAUCAGACUCUUUUAAGGAUGCGGCCGCCAAACUGAGGAAUGUUGAUGUGGAGAUCUUUGCUGUUGGUGUGAAGGAUGCAGUGAGGUCUGAGCUGGAGGCCAUUGCCAAUCCGCCAGCUGACACUCAUGUCUAUGAAGUUGAGGACUUUGAUGCUUUCCAGAGAAUUUCCAAGGAGCUGACUCAGUCCAUCUGUCUGAGGAUUGAACAGGAACUUUUGAAGAUCAAAAAGAAAAGCCUCCUUUCUCCUCAAGAUCUCCGUUUCUCUGAGAUUACCUCCAGAAGCUUCCGUGCUACUUGGACAGCUCCUGCUGCUGCCGUUUUGUCUUACCUUGUGCGUUUCCGCAAGGCUGAAGAUAUCACUGGAGACUAUGUUUCCCUGAUAGUGCCAGGAGAUACCACCACAUCCAUUCUUCCCCAUCUUUUCCCAGUCACCACCUACGAAGUCAAUGUCUUUUCUCAGUAUGACAAAGGAGACAGUUUUCCUUUGACCGGUGAAGAAACAACUCUUGAAGAGCAAGGCCAAGUUCGGAACCUGCGAGUGUCAGAGGAAACAACAAACAGUUUCAGGGUUUCAUGGCAGGCUGCUCCUGGUGCUGUGAUUAGGUACCGCCUGUCAUAUGUUCCUCUAAGUGGCACAGGAGAAAUAAUAGAGGCCCAGACCAUUGGAGCAGAAACUACCAUAGUUCUCCAAGAGCUCUUCCCAAUCACCACCUACCGCGUCUCUGUGUCCCCCGAGUAUGCAAGUGGCAUGGGAGAUGAAAUGUUGAUUGAUGGUACCACCAAGGAAGUUCGGGGAUCUCCACGAGACCUUCGUGUCUUUGAAGAAACAAUAUCAACAAUGAAACUGACAUGGCAGGCUGCUCCGGGAAAUGUUGUUCAGUACCGCAUUGCCUAUAAACCUGCAGAAGGAGGUGAGAGGAAGGAGAUAUCUGUCAAUGGAGAUACGACCCAGGCUAUGUUGAAGAACCUCCAACCAGCCACUGAAUAUGAGCUGUUUGUGACUGCACGCUAUUCCACCGGCUUGGGGGAUCCUCUUCUGGGUACAGGAACUACUUUAGAAGAGCUUGGCUCACCCAGAGACUUGGUGACCAAAGACGUCACCGACACCAGUUUUGUGGUGUCCUGGAAGGCAGCUCCAGGUAAUGUUCGCCAGUACAGGGUCACUUGGAAGUCCCUGUUCAGUGACGAGACUGGAGAAAAGACAACACCUGGAGACACCACCGCCACCGUCCUGGAUGGUCUUACCCCAGAGACACGUUACCAGGUGUCAGUGUUUGCUGUUUAUGGUCAUGGAGAGGGCCAGCCACUGGUUGGAGAAGAAACCACUGACAUCUCAGCCAGCAGCAAAACAAUUGUCGUUUCGGAUGAGACAGAGAAGACCAUGAAGGUGACGUGGCAGCCAGCGCCUGGAAAUGUGGUCAACUACCGUGUUACCUACAAACCACAGCCAGGAGGGCGCCAGCUAGCUGCCAAAGUACCCGGUGGCACCACCUCUACUGUCCUGAGACGCCUUACCCCUUUCACAACCUAUGACCUGACUGUGGUGCCAGUCUAUCGUUCCGGGGAAGGCAAAACAAGGGAAGGAGAAGGAACAACACUGUCACCUUAUAAAGGUCCCAGGAAUCUUCAGACAUCUGAACCAACAAAGACAAGCUUCAGAGUGACUUGGGACCAUGCUCCUGGUGAUGUUAAGGGCUAUAAAGUCAAAUUUCACCCUGCUGAGGACGACAUAGACCUGAGGGAACUUAUGGUUGGUCCCUAUGACAAUACUGUUGUGCUUGAGGAACUCAGAGCUGGUACUAAAUACACAGUGAGUGUGUUUGGUAUGUUUGAUGGAGGAGAGAGUGUGCCACUGGCUGGAGAAGAGAACACAACAUACUCUGAUGCACCAGAGCCUCCUCCAUAUGAUGGACCAAGUAAAUGCAACAAUUUCCAUGUCAAAACAGGAGGAGCCCCAGAUGCACCCACUGAUCUCGUGACAUCAGAGGUGACUCACCAGUCCUUCAGAGCCACCUGGACCGCCCCUGACGGCCCAGUGGAAAAAUAUCGAGUGGAGUACAUGACUGUGUCAGGAUCCCCACAACAGGUGUUUGUCGACGGCAGUAAGACCACCGUGGUUCUCCAAGGCCUCACACCUCUGACACAGUACCUGGUCAAUGUCUACUCAGUUGUGGGAGAAGACAGCAGCGACCCACUGAAGGGAGUUGAGACCACAUUGCCUCUGAGUGCUGUGAGGAGGAUGAACAUUUACGAUGAGCAGACAACCACCAUGCGAGUCAGGUGGGAAGAGGUGCAGGGUGCCACUGGGUACAUGCUGCUCUACAGCGCCAUCAAUGCCACUCAACCCAGCAUUGAGCAGGAGCUGAGAGUUGGAGCAGGUACAACUGAUGUCCAGCUGGUGAAGUUACUCCCCAACACAGCCUACACACUCUCCCUCUUUGCCCUCUACGGAGAAACAGCCAGUCAACCACUGACCCAGCAGGGUGUCACCCUGCCCAUGCCGCCUGCAGGUGAACUGAGAGUUCGUGAUGUGACCCACAGCACCAUGGUGCUGUACUGGGAUGCUGCUCCUGGAGCUGUUCGUAAAUAUAUCAUCACCUACCAGGCUGAAGAAGGAGAGGCUAAAGAACUUGAAGUGGGAGGAAGAGUGAUAGAGAAACAACUGGAGAACCUGCUCUCACAGACUGAGUACACUUUAGCCGUCACGCCAAUUUAUGACGAGGGAGCUGGGCAGCCGAUGACUGGAUCUGCAAUCACAGAUGUGGUUCCAGCACCAAAGAACCUGGAGUUCUCGGAAGUUACCCAGACCAGCUUCAGAGCAACCUGGGAGCACGGGGCUCCUGAUGUUGCUCUGUACCGUAUUUCAUGGUCUAAGAAAGGAGAAAACGUAUUCCUAGAUGCCAUUCUGAACAACGAUGAGACAACCCACGUCAUAGAGAACUUGGAGCCAGACACACCAUAUGACGUGCGUGUGACUGCAAUUUACCCAGAUGAGUCAGAGAGCGAAGAUCUGAUCGGCACUGAGAGGACAUUGCCCAAGGAUGGUACUAGACCAUUGCCAAGAGCACCUCCCACCAACUUAGUUGUGUACAAUGAAACCACCACCACUCUGAACGCCAGGUGGACUCCACCUACGGGCCGUGUCCAGAACUACAAGAUCACUUACGUCCCCACGGCUGGAGGCAGGAGUCAGACUACCCAGGUGGGCGGGAAAAAGACCAAUGUCCUGCUUCCCAAGCUGACCCCUGACACAGAGUACUCAAUUAGCGUUGCUGCAAUUUACGCCACCGGAGUCAGCAGGGACCUUAAUGGAAUUGGAAAGACCAAGCCUCUGGGUGGUGUUAGAAACUUGAGAGUAACAGACCCCACUACCAGCACAUUGAACGUCCUGUGGGAGCCUGCUGAGGGAAGUGUGCGUCAGUACAGGAUCUACUAUGUCCCUGCAGCUGGAGGAAAUGAAGAAAUGGUCCAAGUUCCAGGAAGCACCUACAACACGGUUCUAAAGAAUCUGGAUUCUGAUACACUUUACACUGUAUCUGUGGUUCCAGUUUAUGCUACUGGAGAGGGACUUCGUUUGUCUGAGAACGGGAAAACAUUGGAGCGGAGUCCAGUCAGGAACAUUAAGGUCUUCAACCCGACAACCAACACUUUGAAUGUUCGCUGGGAGGCAGCCACAGGUCCAGUCCUACAGUACAGGGUGGUCUAUUCUCCUCUGAUUGGUACCAGGCCUUCUGAGUCAAUUUUGGUGCCAGGCACCACUACCACAGCUCUGCUGACACAGCUGCUCCCAAAUACCGACUAUAACGUUGGCGUUGUUGCCUUGUACAGCGAUGGAGAAGGUCCUGCUGUUAGUGAUGAUGGAAAGACACUGCCCCGAGGUGGCCCAAGAAACAUGCGUGUAUAUGACCCCACUACCACCACUCUUUCUGUUAGCUGGGAACAUGCAGAGGGUCCUGUCAUGCAAUAUCGCAUCACCUACGCCCCGACUACAGGAGACCCUAUUGAGGAAUAUACUUCAGUUCAAGGCAACAGAAACAAUGUGAUCCUCCAGAACUUGGAUCCAGACACACCAUACAACAUUAAAGUGACUGCCAUCUACGCUGACGGACCAGGGGGAGAGUUGGAAGGAAAUGGACGCACAGUGGGAAUGCUGGGCCCCAGAAAUCUCCGUGUUUCUGAUGAGUGGUACACUCGCUUCAGGGUGUCAUGGGACCCCGCUCCAUCCAGGGUUAAUGGGUACAAGAUCAUCUACCAGCCCGAGGGUACUAAUGACGUCUUGGAAGCAUUUGUUGGAGACGUGACAUCACACCAAUUACAAAACCUACAACCUGGAACCACUUAUGACUUGAAGGUGCUGGCCCAGUACAACACAGGCUUCAGUGGACCUCUGAUUGGUCAAGGAACGACAUUGUAUCUGAAUGUGACUGGCUUAUCCACUUACAAUGUUGGAUUUGAAUCUUUCUGCCUCCGUUGGGCCCCUCACAGAGCAGCCACAUCCUACAGACUGAAAGUCAAUCCCUUUGACACUUCUAAGCGAGGAGCUCAGGAAGUCACAGUGCGAGGCUCAGAGAGCAGCUAUUGUUUUGAUGGUUUAAGCCCUGACACUCUUUACAAUGCCACUGUGUACACCCAAACACCCAACCUAGAGGGACCUGGAGUCAGUGUCAAGGAGAGAACAUUGGUCAAACCCACCGAAGUGCCAACCGAGCCUCCCACUCCUCCUCCCCCAGCUUCAGUGCCGCCUGCUUUGGAUGUGUGCAAAGGUGCCAAAGCAGACCUGGUCUAUUUGAUUGACGGCUCCUGGAGUAUCGGAGACGAGAGCUUCAACAAAGUCAUCCAGUUCACCACAAAAAUGACUGCAGCUUUCGAUGUCAUCAGCCCCAGAGGCAUGCAGGUUUCAUUCGUGCAGUACAGCGAUGACGCCAAGACUGAGUUCAAACUUAACACCUACCACGACAAGGGAAUAGUUUUAUCAGCUCUGCAGUCAGUUCGCUACAGAGGAGGCAACACCAAGACUGGUGUUUCUCUGAAGCAUGUCUACGAGAAGGUGCUUACGUCAGACAGUGGCAUGAGAAGAAACGUCCCGAAAGUGCUGGUAGUUGUCACAGAUGGACGCUCCCAGGACGAAGUUAAGAAGAGUGCAGAGAGACUGCAGCACUCUGGCUACAGUGUGUUCGUGGUUGGCGUAGCUGAUGUUGACAUGAGAGAACUGACGGUUAUUGGCAGCAAGCCCACUGAGAGGCACGUGUUUGUCGUCGACGACUACGAUGCUUUUGAUAAAAUCCAGGAUAACCUGAUCACCUUCAUCUGUGAAACCGCCACAUCAACUUGCCCUCUAAUCUACAUCAAUGGAUACACCACACCUGGCUUCAGAAUGCUUGAAGCUUUCAACAUAACAGACCGGACAUUCGCCGGCAUGAAUGGUGUGUCCAUGGAGACUGGUUCCUUUAACAGCUACAUUGCCUACAGGCUGCACAAAGACUCUUACCUAACCCAACCCACCAAGGAGAUCCACCCAGAUGGUCUUCCCCCAUCUUACACCAUCAUCCUGCUCCUCCGCCUCUUGCCGGAUACGCCCUCUGAACCUUUUGAUAUAUGGCAGAUUGCUGACAAAAACAACAACCCUGAGGUCGGAGUCACAAUGAAUCCUUCCACCCAAACUCUUACGUUCUACAACAAGGACACACGAGGAGAGAUUCAGAGAGCUGUCUUUAAUGAAGCGCAAGUGAAGCGAAUUUUCCAUGGCAGUUUCCACAAGAUUCACAUUACCAUCUCACCAGAAAAAGUCAAACUCACUGUGGACUGCCAAGAGGUGGCAGAGAAACCCAUCAAGGAGGCCAACAACAUUACGCUGGAGGGCUACGAAGUGCUUGGCAAGAUGGUCAAGUCUUCAGGUUCAAAGAAGACCUCAGCAACAUUCCAGCUCCAGAUGUUCGAUAUUGUCUGCAGCUUGAGCUGGAUUAGCCGAGACAAAUGCUGCGAGCUGCCAGCCACACGAGAUGAGGCCAAGUGUCCUUCCCUUCCCCACUCCUGUACUUGCACACAGGACAGUAUCGGGCCCCAGGGGCCUCCUGGACCUUCGGGCAGUCCAGGUACUAAAGGACCUCGAGGAGAUAGAGGAACACCUGGGAACCCUGGUCCAAUGGGUCCCCGUGGUGAGUCAGGACUCCCAGGUACGAUGGGGCCGCCAGGUCCACAAGGCCCUGCAGGACUUUCUCGGCCUGGAGAACCUGGUCGCCCAGGACCUAAGGGAGAUCGUGGAGAUCCAGGCAUUACUGGUUUGCAAGGUCCUCCUGGGCCACGCGGUCCUCUGGGCCCUGUUGGACCAAGCGGAGCUCGGGGGCCACCAGGAAAAGAGGGGCCAUCUGGACCCAGAGGCCCACCCGGACCCAUGGGAAGUCCUGGAAAUCCAGGUAUACCAGGGAUCACUGGAAAACCAGGCAAACCAGGAGACCCAGGAAGCCCAGGACCUGUUGGCCUUAAAGGAGAAAAGGGAGAGAAGGGAGACUUUGCAUCCCAGAACAUGAUGCGUUCCAUUGCCAGACAAGUUUGUGAACAGCUUGUGAACAGCCAGAUGAGCAGAAUUGAUGUGCUGCUCAACCAGAUUCCCUCCGGAUAUCGCAGCAACACUCCUGGGCCUCCAGGCCUUCCCGGGCUUCCAGGUGAGCGUGGAUCCCGAGGAGAGCCCGGACAACCUGGAAGAUCUGGAUUCCCUGGAACUCCAGGAUUGCCUGGAAAUCAAGGAGAAAGAGGUUUACCAGGAGAAAAAGGGGAGAGAGGAGCCCCUGGAAACGAUAUUAGAGGACAAAGAGGCCCAGCUGGACCACCGGGGCCACCAGGAGAGUCGAGAACAGGUCCCCCGGGUCCUUCUGGUUCCUCUGGGCCUCGUGGGCCUCAAGGCCGUCAAGGUGUUCCAGGUGUGAGGGGACCACCAGGCCCCCCUGGAUACUGCGACUCCUCUCAGUGUGUGGGCAUUCCAUAUAAUGGACAAGGAUACACAGCCACCCGCUACCAGCCUGCACCUGAGGUAGAGACUAUACCUGUGGAGCCAGUUGGACAAUUUGGAGAAUAUGAGACAAUACAGUCACGCGGUGACUCCAGAGGCCAGCGAAGACAGAGGUCACUACAAUCAGACAAUACAGGAAGACUGGCAUCAUAGCUACAUACAAACAGGAUUUCCCAGAAUAAAUAAUUCCCAAACAUUUAAAGAGGGUACGCAGAGCAAAACAAAUACUUAUAUGGGUUUGAUACCUCUGGCUUUAUUGAACAUAUAUAUAAAUAUAUUUUUGACACAAGAAAGUGUAGCAAGUAGACUAGCUUUGUUACAGACCUGUGUGCUUGCUAAAUGUUUCCCUUUCGUGUCUGCCUGUAAUAUACCUGCAAGUGUUCAUCAGACUCAAGUUUGUAAAGCACCAGUCAUGUGAAAAA